AUGUCAGGACCACCCGACUGUUUCUCGAGGCCUUGUGAGUUAUUAACCAAAGAUCGGUUCUUUGUUCUUUUCUAGUAUUCUUUGUUCUUUGAUCAGUUUCAUGUUAUUCUUUACCCUUGCUGCCUCCUCUGAAUCCUAGUUGCUGUGGACGAUUUAAUAUUUUUUUCAAGUUUCGGCUUUUCUAGCUUUUUGCGAGAUUGGGCUCCCGGUGUUGUGAUGGUUUGCAUCCUCAUGUUUUAGUAUUCUCGAAGAAUCACUCAUUGAUAAUCAUAAUGAAGAAUUAUUCUAUUCUUAAUCUAACUGUUGGAUGCUCCUGGACGUUUUCGCGUUGUUGGCAAGCACUUUUUGCUGGAGUACUUCUAGAUUUGGCAGAAAAGACACUAAUUGUUCUUCGUCUUUGAUGAAAAGAACUCUCUGAAUUUGCCUUUCUUACUUUAGUAAUUGUGAAAGAUAUUAUGGCAUGCUUAUUAUUUGUAAAAUGUAAAUUUAUGUAGAAUCGCGUGAAAAAUAUUAGUUGUAAUUGUGAAAAAUAUUUCGAAGGCAGUUUUAUUUUAUUACUGCAGUGAAGAAGUGUCCUAUUCAUGGUUAAAAUCCCUCGAGUUGGCAUAUAUCACAUCAUCGUUUAUCGUUUUCUGAUAUUUAUGAUGGAUUAAUUCCUCAAAAAUGUGUAAAUCAGAAUUGCAUGCCAAAUCCUAACUUCUCAAAGUUCGAUUCCCUCCCCCAACUCACGAGCAUGGUGUUUUUUGAAGCACGAAACAAUAGGCGUAUUCUAGAGGAAACUUGUCUAAUUUAAACCUGGUUGAGAGGGCCUGUAAUACGAAUAGAAUGCUUCUAUGGGCCGUAUUAUCACAUGGAAAAAUAUUGUUAUGAGGUGUACUUAUCACCCAUUGAAUGAUCCCAUCGAUGUAGAGCUGUUUAGUAAUGGGUUGUACAUCAUUGACAGUUGGGUAUGUAUGCAGGUUUUGAUGGGAUUUCCUGUCAUGAGGAUAGGAAGGAAAAGAAAUCUGAUUUUGAGAAUUCUGAGGAUGAGAGGAGAACAAGAAUUGGAUCCUUAAAGAAAAAGGCUUUGGAUGCAUCCACAAAGCUCAGACACUCUUUGAAGAAAAGAGGCAGAAGAAAGAGUGACAGUCGAGUUGUCUCUAUUGAAGAUGUUAGGGAUAUUGAGGAGCUACGAGCGGUUGAUUCAUUUCGGCAUGCAUUGAUGUUGGAUGAUCUUCUUCCUGCCAGGCACGAUGAUUAUCACAUGAUGCUGAGGUAAUUUCUUGUUUUUCUCUUUAAAUUUAAAAUGCUUUCUUCCUGCUUUUCGGAUUUUUGUUUUUUUUUUCUUGUAAAGUGGAAACUGCGCCCAGUCUUGAUGUCAAAUUCAAAUGUCAUUCAAGGAAAGGACAGGGGCUAUUGUGGUAACACUUUGAGGUGUCACGUGAGAGUAGAACUAGAACUUACUAGGAUAAAGACUACUCGGCGAUUCUUAAUCAUACAAUUUUAAUGCAGAAGAGAACCCUAUUUCAUUUCUCUUAAUCUUUCUAAAUGUCAAGUUCCCUCUAAUUUAUGAUAAGCAUUAAUGUGCCCGCAGCAAGUAUUAUCUUCUAGUAAGUAUUAGUUUUUAUUGGAUGUACACCUUGCUAGUAAUUGCUUAAUGACCUGUAGGUAUAGUACAUGGUGGAGAUUUUGCAAAAGAAUGGAAUCAUAGUGAUUACUUUGCACUGCUAUCCCGCUUGCGCUAUUUGUUAUGCCCAUAUAUCGAUUUUUCUCAAUUUCUUCUGUUUCAUUUCAGAUUUUUGAAGGCACGAAAGUUUGACAUUGAGAAAGCGAAACACAUGUGGUCUGAAAUGCUUCAGUGGAGGAAGGAUUUUGGGGUUGACACAAUUAUUGAGGUAGAAAUAUUUAGUUUGCAUCAACUUUAACACCUAGACUGCGAUGUUGUUUGUUAUACUUUUGGAUUAAAUAGUUAUGCUACUAUUGAUGUAGAAUGGGAUCCCAUAAUAGGUACUUGUUUCGAUUCCUUUUAUUUGGCUUCGAACCACGUCGAUUGAGUUAUACACCCCUAAAACUUGCACAUGGUAGCUACAAGGAUGAUUAUGAAACUAUUUAGAAAAAACGCACUAUAGACUUAAUAAAAGCAAGACAAAAAAUUGAGAGAAAAGAACAUCAGAUAUGCUGCUUGGUCAAUGUAGAUUGCUUCUUUAAUUCAUAACAAGGCACCUACAUAUUCUCUUGGCUUCAGUUUGCCUAUACAUUAUAUAAUUCAUAACAGGUUGCAGCUAAAUUAUUAUUUUAUCAUUAAGAAUGUGCGGGAAACCUCUUUGUGGUAAUCAUACACAUCGUUAAUAGCUCCUCAUGCUAAAUAUAGGAACUGAAUUUAUACCAUGCUUGUUCUUUGUCAGGAUUUUGAAUACAGUGAAUUGAAUGACGUUCAAAAGUAUUAUCCACACGGGUAUCAUGGUGUGGAUAAGGAAGGCAAACCCAUCUACAUCGAAAGAUUGGGGAAAGUUGACCCAACUAAGCUCAUGGAAGUGACAAGCAUGGAUCGUUACAUAAAAUAUCAUGUUAAGGAGUUUGAGAGAAGCUUUUCGAUAAGGUUUCCAGCUUGCUCAAUUGCAGAAAAAAGGCAUAUUGAUUCAACUACAACAAUUUUGGAUGUCCAUGGUGUGGUAGGUUGCAUUCUCUCCCUCUUUUAUCAAGUGCAGAUUCGAUUCUGCUUUAGACGUUCUACCAUUUUGAGUUAUAUGGUCCUUCAUGUAAUAUACUUUUGUAAACUCAGGCCUUGAAAAACUUCAAUAAGGCUGCAAGAGAGCUUAUUAUACGUCUGCAGAAAAUUGAUGGUGAUAACUACCCUGAGGUAAAGUUUCAUUGAUUUCAUUUUUGUACAAAAUAUUUAUAUAUUGAAUUUUUCGAGGGCUUGAAUUUGGAUACAAUACAAUCUAAAACUAUAUUUUUUCAGACCUUGUGCAGAAUGUAUAUCAUCAAUGCUGGUCCAGGUUUUAGAUUACUGUGGAACACUGUGAAGACUUUCCUUGAUCCCAAAACUACCUCAAAGAUUCAUGUGAGACAGUAUCUUGGGUUUUUACUUUCUGGGUUGUCAAUAGUUUUUUUUCAAGUUAUGAUUGACUUCUUUCUUGUUUCCCUCCAGGUUCUGGGAACGAAAUACCAGAGUAGGCUGUUUGAAAUAAUUGAUCCAUGGUAAGGAUUUAUCCAUUUCAUUUUGUUAGAAUAGUUCUGGAUUGAAAUAUUGUGUUAUAAUCCUUUUAGUUAUGCUAAUUUUUGCUUUUGUUUUUAGUGAACUGCCGGAGUUCAUUGGUGGUACUUGUAGAUGCGUUGAACAUGGGGAUUGCCUCAGAUCUGAUAAGGGUCCAUGGAAGGACCCUAAUAUAUUGAAGGUACCUCUAUCCUGUAAUUUGCAAUUGAAUGUUAAUACAAUCCAUUUAGCAUCGUGAAUUGGGUUUCUUUACUCAUGCGAUUUGCCUGUGGUAUGUGCAGAUGAUUCUUAAUGGUGAAGCGCAAUGUGGUAGACAAAUUGUAACUGUUUCCAAUAGCGACGGCAAGGUUAUUGCUUAUGCUAAACCGCACUAUCCCAUGGUAGAGACUCUUCUAUUUUCCUGCAAUGGUUUCCUUGAUAAACUUCAUUUUUUGCUUACUAAGUAAAGCUUUCUCAUUUCUCUGUAAGAUAAGGGGCGGUGAUACAUCUACUGCUGAAUCUGCAUCAGAAGCUGAGGAUAUUACCUCACCCAAGGCGCUUCGGAAUUAUUUGUUGUUGCCUCAACUGACUCCAGUAUGUGAAGAGGUGGGUUUUGUUUUAUCGAACGAUAUUAGAUCUUACAACAUAAUAUCAUCAAGAGACGUGAUUCUUUUGCCGUAAGAUUUUUUUCGCCGAAGUUUGAGAUGUUCUUCUAUUUCUAUCUUAAAAUGGUCGAGCGAGAUUUAACUAUCUGAAUGGAUAUGACUUCUUUGAUGUGGCAUGCGAUCAUACCAUAAGAAGAUCGAAAAGAUAUCAACCAAAUAAAGUGAAACAAACAAAACAGAAAAAAAGGAGAAGUUCAGGAGCCGACCAAGAUUAGAGGUAAGACGAAGAUUUACACCUAGUCGCCAUAAAUCUCGAUUCUUCCGAGAUAGGAUUCUAAGCAAAGCUCCAAGUUCAUCAGUAGGGAUAAUUCUCGUAGAUCCAAAAUAGUUCCUUGUGAGAAACCAAGUUAUUGCAACAUUUAUGAACCCAGAACCAAAACUUCGAACAAGCUUCAAAGUGAAAUCUUGUUUUUGGGUCAAACAGUAGUAUUACCAGCAACCACAACGAUCCAAGCAACUUUGAGUAUUACGCUGGUGUCAGCAAUAGCCACAGUAACAUCGCCACUAUCAGAAUGCAAAGGCAAUCUGUGACUGCGGCAAUGGCCCCUUUCUGAUUUUCAGAAGGUCUAGUGGUGAUAAGGAAAGCAUUUUAUCGUUUCUAUUACUGUGAUUAAAGUUUUGAUUCGAAUGGAUCGUGGUUGGUCAUGAUGAGGUUCUGGGACAAAAUUGAUAAGGCAAUAACAUGACGGUUGAGUCCACAGUUUAUCAUAUACGAGGGAAUAGAUGCGAAAAUGCCGCAUAAUUAGAGCACAAGCUUCGGAGGAAUGUUGACAAAAUAAUACAUGGAUAUAAACAAUAUAAUAAUUCAACAGUUGUAUUUGGCAUAUAAUGAAUUCAUUCUUAUUAUAAUCAUUUCACGCUUUCCAGAUUACGUGUUUCAUAUCUUUUUUUUUGGGUUUACCCAACGGCAGGCUAAAGCUUCUGCUAAAGGAAACCAAGGAGGCAACUUCUCUGAGCAUGGUGUUCCCGAGGUGGAUAAGGUAGUGGAUUCAGGAUGUAAGAAAGAAGGCCCGAGUCAACUAAUUUCUCCUUUCAAAGGUCAGCAUACUCAUCUGUCCUACCAAAUUCCUCUGUGUUGGAUUCUUAAGCUGAAAUCUGAAGGAUUUGCCUGUUUGAACAUGCAAUAAAUAUGUAUUUUUUAGCCAUUUAGUCUGAUGAACGUCAACAUUAGCUAACAGUAGAAGCCAGUUUAUCAACUUUGUGACUAGUCAGAUGCCAGAGUCUAAGAAUGUUUGCAAAGAUCCUGCAUGCGUAAUAAAUCGGAGGAAGAUAGAUUUGAUCUUAUCUAGGAAAAUAUUGUCUCAAGUUCAGGGUUGCGAGUUUAUGGAUUUUAUCUCAUUUAAUUUUCUCUAAUUGCUAAUGUCUGCAACUCUUGAAUUGACUUGCGCCGCCCAUUACUUUACUUAUUUCUUUUUUGUGUGUGUCAUUUCUCAUCUCAUACUGUGCGACCCAUAAAUUACAGGUUCACAUCAGCUUCUUGGCACUGACAGAGCUCUCUGGGGGAUUAGAGGGCAGAUAGUUAUGAUACUGACAGCCUUCAUCUUGGCCAUCUUUGCAUAUAUUCGUUUAGUUACCAACCAAGUGGCAAAGAUCUUCGAAGGCCUUGAAGUGGACUACCACGAUCCCACGUUUCCACUUAAACCUCUACCCUCGGGUGCACAUCGUCCCCCCUCACCUGGGCCCGGAUUCAGAGAGGCAGAGCUUUCCUCUGUUCUGGGAAGGCUUCGGGAUCUCGAGGAAAAGAUUGUCUCUCUCCAAAUGAAGCCAUCUGAAAUGCCCUUUGAGAAGGAGGAGUUGCUCAACGCUGCUGUUCGUCGUGUGGAUGCUCUGGAAGCUGAGCUCAUUGCGACCAAAAAGGUAUCAAUGCUGUUGUCUUUGCUUCCAUUCUUGGAAAUAUUUUACGUCUGUGCGUUUCUUCAUUCAGCGCAUCUGAGUUCUCUAUUCCCCAACUUGUUAUCUCCUGAAAUCUUCCAUACCUAGGGAUUCUUUCUCCAUUCCACGUUGGUGUCCUGCAAGGAUAAAAACCUACUGGCAACUUCACUUCCUAGAGACGGGCGUUGACUCUGAUUGAUUAUGAUUAUAUAGGGAACGAGCUAUAGAUCUGGUGAAUAGUUUCCGGAUCUAGUGAAAAACCCACAAGCUCUAUAUCCUCUACAUUAAGGAUAAAAACCUGAUGACAACUUCACUUCCUAGAGACGAGCGUUGACUUUGAUGGAUUAUAUGGUUAUAUAGGGAAUGAGCUAUAUAUCCGGUGAAUAGUUUCCGGAUCUAGUGAAAAACCCACAAACUCUAUAUCCUCUACACUAGGGAUAAAAACCUACUGGCAACUUCACUUCUUAGAGACGAGCGUUGACUCUGAUGGAUUAUAUGAUUAUAUAGGGAAUGAGCUAUAGAUCUGGUGAAUAGUCUCCGGAUCGAGUGAAAAACCGACAAGCUCUAUGUCCUCUAACAAACAUUAGCAUUAUUUCUGAUCUCAGGCACACAUUUUCUAAGAACUCUGUUUCCUGCAUGUGAAUAGGCUUUGCACGAAGCUCUGAUGGUCCAGGAGGAGUUACUGGCCUACAUAGAUCGCCAUGAACAGGCAAAGCUCCGGGUGAGUUGGGAACGCAUUCCCCUCCAAACGGUCAUCCAUUUUCCAUCUUUCACCGGUAUGUCUGAACUCAUUUCUCUCUGCAGAAGAAGAAAUUUUGCUGGUGA